CCUCCUACAGGAUGUUGGCUCCAAGAGGAAGAAAGAGGCUUGAAACUCAUAUAACCUUACUUCUGUAGUGCAGCUGAGUUUUUGCUUUCUGUUUUUAUUCCUCUCAACCUCAGAAUUGGGCUCUUGUUGCUGGGAAUUACUAAGAAUUUUAGGAUGGCCCAGCAAUUUGUAGCUAGUCAUAUUGCAUCUGAUAAAGUGGUUGUAUUUGGAAAGAAGAGCUGCCCUUACUGUCACAGUGCUCUAGAUCUUCUGAAAGAACUUAAUAUCAAGCCUGGGCACUUGGCAUUUAUUGAUCUCACAAAUCAAAAGAAUAUGGAUGACAUUCAAGACUAUCUUAUGCAGUUAACGGGUGCCCGAACGGUUCCUCGAAUUUUUAUUGGGGAAACAUGUAUUGGUGGUUUUACAGAUCUUGAUGCUCUAAACGAUAGUGGAGAACUUUCUGUCAUGCUAAAAAAGCUUGGGGCCCUUUGAAGGUAAGUAUCUAAGGGUGGUUCCAAUUAAUAUAAUGGGAUAGAGGAAAUCAAGAUUCCCUUUAAGAAAAUUAUCAUCAGAGAGAGGGUUUUUACCUAUAAGAACUUGCAAAAUUCCCAUAUACAAAUAAGCAGCAUGUUAGUGGCUGCUUUUGCAGAUAGCUUAGUUAGUGCACAUAACUACACCCAAUCAGU